UCUUCCGCAUUCUUCAAAAUGAGUUCAAGACUUGCAGUAAUCACUUUUAUUUUCAAUUUAUUGCUGUUUGCAGAGUUCACGCGAUUUACAAGUGGCAUCACGCAAUUGUCUUUCAGGUCGGUAAAUUCGCGCUUCAACACGCGCUAUUUCUCGAACUUCACCACGCAGCUCGUUAACGGCACGGUCUUUAAUGACUGCCAACUCAUUGAACGUUUGGAUCCCGGCGUACGCUGUCAUUUGGAAUUUCAACUGCGCAUUGCUAAUUCUAAGAUUUAUCAGUCACUUUUCGAUUUUGAUAUCGAUGUUUGUGGCACGAUAAUAGCGCUUAAAGAUCACUUUCUUAAGAGUUGGUAUCGCAGCCUUCUGAAGUACGGUAAUUUUAUGGAGAAUUGUCCGUUUCAUCCCGAUCAUUACUAUUUGAAUGGUUGGCAAUUGGACCCGGCAUUGUUUCCUAAAUAUCUUUAUCCUGGUGAUUACAAAAUCAUCGCAUUUAUUUAUAAUGGACAGUAUAAAAAGAAAAAUAUGGAUUUCGUGUUGGAACUUCAGUUGGAAGCCACUGUGCUGUGAAGUUUAGGGAAUGAAAUGAAGCAAUAAAAUAAUCGCAA